UUCUGCUGCUUUUAUCCUGUUUUCGGCCCUGAGCUCACCUGGAGGGAGGGGCGAGGGAAAUCUCGUGCGAUGUGUGGGAAAGGACACACCUUGAAACCAGUACCCGAAAGUGAGAGAGAAAAGGUAAAACAAAUCUAAAGAAGGAAAGCUGCGUUUAUUGGGAGCGGCGAGGAGCCCGGUGUAUGGGAGACAUCAGCGGAACCCCUCCAUCUGUUUGAGCAGUCAGAAGCCGCGGGUAGGAGCCCCAGGUAGGAGCCCCAGGUAUAGUUCUACCGGCUGUGGGAGUUUCGCUUGCGCUCACAGACUGCGGAAGGAGGAAGAGGCUCAGACAAGGGAGUGUCUCGGUACCUGCGAACGAUUCCCCGGAAGGUUUCCGCUUGUGGUAAAAAGCCGCUCCUCAAGCUUGGAAUUUAACGACUGCUUCAGCAAUCCGUCCCCCCAAUUCCCUAAGGGAGAAGGGGCAGUGCACUUCCCCGCUUUGCUCCUAUUCAAGCAUGAAGGACAGCGAUUCUAUGAUGAAGUAUAACAACAGACCCCAGAGCAUGAACGGAUUUGAAGAAGGAGUAGAAUUUCUUCCUGCAGCAAACACCAAAAAAGUUGAGAAGGCUGGGCCUAAGAAGAAAUUGGCUAUAUUUGGGGUGGUGAUCGGUGCAGCACUCCUUUCACUUACCAUUGGUCUUCUAGUUUGGCACUUUGCAUACCGCAACGCACCAGUUCAAAAACUCUACACAGGCUAUUUGAGAAUUGCAAAUACCCAAUUCGUUGAGGCCUAUGAGAAUUCAACAACACGAGAAUUUGCAGAUCUCUCUGUGAAGGUCAUCAGUACGCUCCGGACUCUGUAUAAUGGAGAAAAAGACAUAGCUCCCUAUCUCCAGCAGUGCAGUAUCAGUGCAUUUAGUGAAGGCAGCGAUAAUAAUGUUGUUGGAUAUUACUGGUCUGAAUUUUCUGUGCCUGCAUUCCGAGAGGAGGCCUUUGAGAAAGCCAUAUCAGAAUUGAAGCUGCCAACUGUGAAUCUACGUCAGCGAGCUUUCGCUGUGGAUUCUCUUGUUGCAUACCCCACAGAUCCACAGAUUGCACGUAAUUUCAAAAACAGCAGCUGUGCUUUUUUUCUACACUCCAGUGCUGGAGUUAUGACAAAAUUUUCUUCUCCGGGAUUCCCUGAUACACCAUAUCCACCAAAUGCUAGAUGUCUAUGGACUCUGCGUGCAGACGCUGGGCAAAUGAUUCGUCUUAAGUUCAAAACUUUUAAAAUGGAGAAAUGCAAAGCCAAUGCAGGGGAUUUUGUGAUGGUUUAUGACUCUCUCAGCCCAAUAGAGCCUCGAGCUCAGAUAAGGUUGUGUGGAAUUUACCCUCCAUCUUACAAUCUUACCUUCUUUUCAUCAUCGAAUGUGAUGUUAGUGACACUUGUUACAGAUAAUGUAGGGAAAUUUCCAGGCUUCCUAGCAGAGUUCAGUCAGUUUCCAAAAACCUCACUUUGUGGAGGAUAUAUCAGAGAUGCAAGUGGGGUUUUUACAUCUCCUUACUUCCCAGGACAUUAUCCACCCAAAAUAGAAUGUAUUUGGGAUAUACAAGUUCCUGACAAUAAAUUUGUGAAAUUGCGGUUUAAUAUGUUCUACUUAGCAGAACCAGGUGUACCUGUCACUAAAUGUACAAAAGACUUUGUGGAAAUUAAUGGUCAAAAAUAUUGUGGAGAGCGGAAAUUUUUUGUUGUUUCAAACAACAGCAGCAAAAUGUCUGUUCGUUUUGUCUCAGACCAGUCCUAUACAGACACGGGGUUUACAGCGGAGUAUCUGUCCUAUGAACCUCGAAAUCCAUGUCCAGACCAGUUUGCUUGCAAGAGUGGACGCUGUAUCAGAUUGGACCAGAAGUGUGAUGGAUGGAAUGACUGUGAAGACUUCAGUGAUGAAAAGAGUUGCACAUGCACAGCACUGCAGUUCCGCUGCACAAACAGUAAGCUCUGUAAGCCCAGUUACUUUGUCUGUGAUGGGGUGAAUGAUUGUGGAGACAGCAGUGAUGAACUCGCAUGCCAAUGCCCUAAUAACACAUAUAAAUGUGGCAAUGGCAAGUGCAUUCCAGAAUCCCAAAAAUGUGACCGGACAGAUAACUGUGGGGAUGGCUCUGAUGAAGCAGAAUGUGGUCGGGUUUUAAGCACAACCUGUACAGAAUAUACCUACAAAUGCAAGAACAAUCAGUGCAUAACUAAGAAGAACCCAGAAUGUGAUGGGGAGAAUGACUGCAGUGAUGGCUCUGAUGAGAUCUCUGCUAAAUGCAAUUGCGGUAAACGUCCAUUUACAAAGAAAUCAAGAAUUGUUGGUGGUGUGAAUGCAGACACUGGAGAGUUUCCCUGGCAGGUCAGCUUGCAUGUAAAGGGCAAUAAACAUACAUGUGGAGCCUCCCUGGUUUCUCCUACAAUGUUGAUUUCUGCUGCUCACUGCUUCCAGGAUGAUCAGUCAAUGAGGUAUUCAGAUGCCUCCCUAUGGACAGCAUACCUGGGCUUGCAUGAUCAAGCUCAACUCAAUAGCAAGGAUGUUGUGGAACGAAAGAUAAAACGUAUUAUGGCACAUAUAGGCUUUAAUGAUAAUACUUAUGAUAAUGAUAUAUCUGUUCUGGAGCUAGAAAAGCCUGUUGACUAUACCGAUUUUAUCCAGCCCAUCUGUAUUCCAGAAAGCACACAUGACUUUCCUGUAGGAAAACCUAUAUGGGUUACAGGUUGGGGUGCCUUAAAGGAAGGAGGUGGUGCAGCUGUGAUACUUCAAAAGGCAGAAAUCCGAAUUAUAAACCAGACUGAAUGUAAUAAACUUCUGGAUGGUCAGUUAACUCCCCGCAUGCUGUGUGCUGGCUUUGUUAGCGGAGGAAUUGAUGCCUGCCAGGGAGACUCUGGAGGACCCUUGUCUAGUGUGGAGCUUAACAACAAGGUGUACUUGGCUGGAAUUGUCAGUUGGGGAGAAGGAUGUGCAAGAAGAAACAAACCUGGAGUCUACACAAGAGUCGCUAUGAUGAGAGACUGGAUCAGGGAUAAAACUGGCCUGUAAUGGAAAUCCAGCAAAUAUGAAUAUUUAAACACAGAACAUUUGUUUUUGUUUUUUUUUACAUGUUUUGUUUUUAAAAAAUACUUUUCUGGAGUGUAACAUAACUGGUCAAGAAAUUCUGCAAUAAGACAAGAGGAGGAGCUUUGAGCCAUUUCUUUCCUCAGUCUCUUCGUGCAUACCUUACUGUCAGUUGGCACUUUUAAUGAUUAUUUGUUGACCUACAUACUGGAAAAGGACUUAAUACAUCAGUUAAAGGAUUGGAAAAUUUUUCAGUCUUGAACCUUGUUUCUAUCAGGGAGAAAUCUCAAAGAUGCCUUGUAGUAAGAUGUGCACUCCAGUUUGGAAAUUUGCUAAGAAAUAGUGGGGACAAGGAGCUGCAAUAAGGAAGUGCAAUGUAAACCUGAACAGUCCUUUAACUGAACUACGAAACAAAUCCACUGUUUUAUGUCACUGUGAGCUUUCAGAUCAUUUUAUAAACCUUUUUUUUUUUUAUAAAAUGUUACUAAAUUUGGAAUUAUAGAAUGUAGUUGUGUUUGUGUAAGUUUAUAAAAUCAGUUUGUUACUGAACAGUAUAUAGAACAACUGAUUGUCUUUUGGGCAGUGCGUGCGUGUGUGUUUGUGUGCUUUCAAAAAUACUGAAAGUGCUGCAGUUUGCCUUAAGUUUGGUUGCACAGUUCAUUUUCUUUUGCUUUAUUAACUUUUUUGAGGGUAUAGGGCUAAAAGCUGGUUAUUCCUUGGAAUGAUUAGGUGGACACGUUAGUCUGUUAAGUUGAUGUCUAGACUUCCUAUGAGAAAAUUCAGAACUAGACCUCUGUUUUGACAAAAUUCAGUUAAAACAGUUUAUAGAAAACACUUCUGUUGCACUUCUGUUGUAGCAAGACAUUAUGUACUGAUUUACUGAAUGACUUUGCACUUAUAGCAGUGGUAAACAAGACUAAGUUAUAAGACAGUGUUCUUGGCUCUCCUUCCCCCGUGGCCCUUUAGAAAGUACAAUCAAUUGCUCCAGUCUCAGGCCCUUAGGCCCUCUAAAGCUUCAGUCUAAGACACUGUUGAAAAUACUGCAUUUGACUUAUGCUGUCUGUCAAGGAUCCUCUCAUCCUGUGUGCCUAUUUAUGAAAAAAAGCUUCUAAAUGGAAUAAAAGUACGAAAAAGUGGGAGUGGUUGUUAUUCAUGAGAGACCCUUAUUAGUCACUGAGAAAUACUGCUGAUCAUGAAAGUACCAGCAUGGAAAAUACUAUGGAAAGGCCUCAGCCCACUGAGAAAUAACUUAUCUAAAGGGUUAGAAUCUAAAAAGAUUUAGUCUUAUAAUAUUAGUUAGAGGGUGAUUUUUAACAUUUUUGUAUAUACAUUUCCAGCAUUUAACACUCGGGGGACUUUCCAAGUCUUGUGUAGAUAAAUAAAAUAUUAAUAUGUUUCAUAUUGACUAUUUUAAAUUGUACCAGAAUGCCAGACAUUUUAAAGUUAAAAUAAGGAUUUAGUUAUAAACACUUAUUAAUGUAUGUUUUAUUAGGCUGUUCAACUGUGUAAAGUUACAUUUUCUUGAGUAAACUUUUAUUCAGUUGUUGCCUGAAAGUUCUCUUAAAGAGCCCAACAGCACACAUCUCUUUUCCUUUAGGCUCCUUUUGUGUAUUUCUACAGCUGAAAUCUGCUGCUUUCUGGUCAAAAGUGAAUCUCCACCCUCCCAUUCCUCAGCUGAGGAAGUAAAACUCUGCAGGUCGGACAAACAUGGGCAUAUAUUUUAUUUACAUUUUGCAAGGCAUAUGUGGCAUUGUGGGGCAUUUAGAGAAAUCUUAGGCACUUUUUAAUAAAAGUUUAACUUCUCCUUUGAAAACACUGGCUAAUAGUGUAAAGCUAUGAACCCUGCUGUAAAAAUGUAAGGUUUUGUAAUGACUGGACUCUUUGUAAAUUGUUCCUUCUAAUAUUAUGGCUGUGAAUAUACAUUGUUAACCUUUUAAUUACAAUUUGUUUCCCAAAUGAGGGUUGGCAUUGCCAAAAUGUGCCUUUUGAGAAAUGUAGAAAUAUUGCGUUAAUAAAGGAAUUUUUGGGUAUUUUA